AUGCCAACGGCCAAGCAACCAGCCGACACUGGCUACGAGACCUCCUCCACCUCCACGGUGCCCCUCACUGCUGACGGCAGCUACCUCUGCAGUGCCCCAGCCUACCACUAUUGCGAGCGGCGCAGCUCCCAGCGCCAGGCUGCAGAAGAACAGAAGACCUCGCGAGUCCCGUAGAGCUGGGGGGCUUUUUUCCUCGAGCA